UGUAUGAUAUUGCCUAUCUCCACCUCUUGAAUCUAAUUCAGGAGCAGUAACACUGAGUGAAAUAUAAGCAGCAGGCUCCUGCUCUUAUUAGCAGAAAUUAUAUGCGGCUACCACUCUGACCUUACUUGGAAGAACAUACAAUUUACUAUACUAGUUUGGACCUUCGUUCUUUCCAGACCGAUACCCACCUUCAAAGGAUGGCAAAAAUCCAUAUCUCCAUACCCAUGCAAUUUUGCAAUUCACCUAAUGGAGCAAAAAAACCUUCCUUCAUCUCUGCAGUGAGCCCCUGAUAUUUUCAAAAAGGGAAUUUGAUCUUUCCCUUUUAUCUUUAUAUGUCCUAAUGCAACAUGCACCUCUGACACUCCUGACUUUCAGGAAUGUACCUCCAUGCGUGACAGGCUGUGGAGGGGCUUUGCUGACCCCCUCGGGCCACCAGCAGACCUUCUUGAGCACCAGCAUGCCUCAGUGGAGUUGGGCCAUGGUGAACAUCGAGCUUACUGUGCCAUCAGCCUCAGCUGAAGCCAGGUUUAACUCAAGAGGCAAUACUAACGUUAGAUCCAAAAGCCAAAAGAAAGCUGCUGCUGGUUCGUAGGAAGGAUGAACAGAAGUGAAAAGUAACAGCUCACUUCUUUCCCUAGCAACCUUACACCCACUCCAGAGGCUCUGCUAGCCCUCUGUAAUCCAGCAGAUAAUAAGAGCAGCACGUUACAGCCUUUCUGGCUGAUUUAUGUGUAACCUUACAUCCUCGGGCUACGCUCACAGGAGAAAAUCUGAAUGUGGAAACUCUCACUGCCUUUUAUAGCCCAAGUCCACCUGGGGAAUUAUUCCCAUUCAAAUCUGACCCUUUUCCCCCCCAAAACACUAGCCAGUCCUCCAUACUGGAAAUACUGACUUGAUCCUGACCUGAUGUGGCUCUCACUUGCCCAAAAGAUAAACCAAGAUGGUGAGCAACUACACAAGCCCCUUAAUUUACUCACUCUGAGGCACAGUAUCCCUUUACCUUAAACUGGGCAAUGGUCAAAAAUCAGAGUAAAUGUUUCCUGCAGGUAAAUAUAAUAGUUAAUUUCUAAUUGUGUGCUGCCUGCUCACAUAAAAAAUUAGUGCAAGCUCCUCAUUACAAGCUCUCAUUUGAGAUCAAGCACAAGGAUAAGGCACUUCGAGGUUAUAAUGUGUUUGAAGGGGGUCCAAGUAAUAAAUCAUCCAAAUUACUUUCAGUGAACAGAUGCAAUGACUGAAAUGCCUUCAGGGUUUGUAGAAGUUAGUCAGCCUAUGCAUAACUACAACACCCCUUCUGGCUGCAGGAUCAACAUUUCUGUACGUGCAGCUGGAGAAUUUCAGUACAGCUUUUGCAAGUAGAGGAAAAAAGGUCUGCAUCAUGGAAGCAGAGGGAUCCACGAGUAGGGUGCUGUGCUCUGCCUCCUCGCCAGUUGUCAUAGAGUGUGUGACAAUAUUUGAAAUCGGCUGUGGAUCAGAAGUUACUGGGAAAGACAGGCAGAGGGAUAGACAACCUGUUCCUAUAAAUGUUUCCUUAGAAAAGACAAGCUAAAAAUGACUGUGCUGUACUGAAGGAGUAUCCUGAGUCUCGAAUAAGCAUCCUUGAUUGAUAGGUAAGUCAGUGUAAAUUACCUAGAGCUGGAAGCUUAGUCCUGAAGAAAUUAGGUUUGGAAAAGACAUGUCAUCUGGUGCUGGAAUCAAAAGCCUCUGACUUGGUUACCUCCAACUGCAAGUGGGAGGAUUUUGAAAGGAGUGUAGCAGGUACAGGAACUGUGAUUUGUGCAAAAAGGUUUAUGAAUGAAGAAGCGGUGCCUAGUUCCUCAUGCUACCUGCUGCUUUUCAGUUAAGCAGGCACCAGAUGUCUUGCCUUGCAGGGGUCAGGUGCAGCUCAUUGGUAGCAGGCCGUUUCUUUGAGAGGCAGUAGCUCCUAGCUUCAGCUGAAUUAGUGCUUGCCCACUUACUCUCUAAUAUGGGAAAGAAAAAUGGCUCCUAAUGCAUUAUCAUGGAAAGGAUGCCAGGCCCUGCUCUAAUCUGCUCUUCAUACCAAUGAAGUGUUGCUCUCCAUGGCUUGUUGUCUGAUGUUCAGUAGAAACUGGCUCUGAAUGUCCAAAGCAGUGGGAUUUACGCUUCUGGAAAGUAUCACAAUGCAGAGACUACAUUUUGCCUUUUCAAACAUCACUUUUAUUUAUCCCUUUAUCGUACUAAAGAAAUCCUCAGUUUGCUUUAUGAUGAUGCCAUUUAAAUAGAAAGAGGGAUACAAGGUGGGAUUCAUCUCACCUAAUUUUCAUCACCUGGACAUGUAGUUAAAGCUCAUCAUCCUCUACGUGACCUCUUUUGCUAAUGGCAAGAGAGAAGCCUCUUUGGGGUAGUAAUCAAUUUAUGGAUGGGGUGAAUUGCCUGCCAGAGCCACAGCUGCCUUAGACUAGGGAUGUAACUUUUACAUAUCUGAAGUUACUCACUGUUUUGAGGGGUUGUCAGAAACCUUUCUAAGAUGGCUUUGAAUCCUCCUUUCCCUCUUCUUAUUGCUGCUUAUGAAAUGGAUACCCUUGCUUGAGUCGGCAUCUGUGACACCAACUACAUCCUCUCUUUGGUAAGAUCCUAUUUUAAGCUUUCCAUCAGAGGCCACAGCUAUUUGUGUCAUUGUCAAAACUCCUCAAAAGGUCCGGUGACAUUGAUGGUAGGUCUCUUAGAAGCCAAAGGUUCUGCAGUAACAUAAAUAGGAUCAGCAGCACUAAGUGCAGGUGAAAGAAAAGCCAGCUGCACAUCCUUUCUGUCUCCCUUGGCAACAGCAUCCUGCCAACAAAAACUGCUGCCAAGUAAAGGCUGGAAAGGAAGGGAUGUGCAUUUGCAAAGCUGGGGCUGGACGAGCUUUGUGUGAGGGGGGAACUGUCAGGCCAAGGAACACUCGUGUGCUUUUAAAAUCCUUUUUGGUUUGUUCCAUGUGUUUUUGGACAAGGGAAUGCACAGAGCCUCUGUCCUUAUGAAGAGUUUUCAUCUGAAAUUUCAAAGACAGUCUUGGCAAUUUUGAGCCUUGUGUUUCCAUCCGUAACAGCACAGAGGGAAGAAAUCUGUGGUGAGUUACUGCUUACAGAUGUGGCAAAUCCUCCAGCAAAGGUUAAAAUACGUGGCAUGGUUCUCUUGUUACGCCAGCUGCAGCUUCAUGCUAAAUCAUUGUUUCAGCAGCAAGCUCUUAAUCAGCCCCGAGUUCUAGAAACUGCUAAACAAGCUGAUAUUUGUAAGGACUAAUUGGUUUUUAUAAUGCACUGAAUAUCUUUAUUUAGAAAAACCUUCAGACUGGAAAUAGUAAGGGUGAAAAGUGAACUGCAAAUGGUAGGGGGAAAAGGAGCAUCAGCACGAGAGCACAAAAAUGCAAAGCAGAUCUAAGCUUAUUAUUUGCACUCUGUCUUUCCACACCCUCCAUGAAAUGAUCGUGGCUGCGAAAAUGGAGUUUUUGUAACUAUGGAUAAAAUACACUUAUGAUAUAAUAUAUGCAUCUGCCUAGCCAUUCUGAUAGGGACUUCUGUCCCCAAAAAUCAGCACUGGGAUCACUGUCAGAGGCCCUGUAGCUGCUGGUGCUGCCAAAUCUCAAACCUAUUGUCACAGCAUCAUUCCUUUCCGAUUUGGCUGCAGCAUCACAGAAUAAAUCUGGCUGCAACAUGCUUGUAACCAAGGCCUGAGAAAGGAGGAUCUUCUCACCUGGUACGAUAGAGGAAGGAAGUGGCUUUUCUCUCUAACAAAAUAUUGGGAAUUAAUUUUGUGAGGAGCCCAUAUAAAAACCUGCUGGGGCUGCUGCAGCACCCCUGGAUACAACAGGGACUCUGAAUCAAAGAGUGAGUAGUGCAGAUUGCCCUCUGACUCCUGGGGGGUGCCUACACUGCUCUCAAGAAGCCCCCAACUUGUUGCUCUCUUACCAUUUCCCUGUCCCUUUUGAGGAAUUGGUAGUUGGCUGCACAGGGCACAUUUUUGUGCUCUUCAGGCAAUGUGUUCUUCCAGACAUCCAGCUGUGCCAGAGAGAAAGAGGGAAACAGAAAAAAGAAGAAAUGGAAGAAGGGAAGCAGGAUUAUGGCUUUAGGAAUCACGAGAACUGUGGAUUUCUUUAUGGUUACAAAGUUGAAAUUGCCCAUUCACCAGUGAGUGAGAGUGAAGAAAUAAAAUACAGAACAUGCAUUUCCAUGCCAGGGAAGAAGAAGGAGUGAAGAAGAUCACUAUUUCAUUCCCCAUAUUUUCCUCUGACAGAAAUAUUAAUAUCAUUAGAGAUAAUUGAAUGAAGUGGAAAGUCUGGUGGAGGUACAGAAGCAGGAGGCAGAUCUGUAAAAUCCAUCCACACACGAGAAGCUAAAUGCUGUGCUGGAGGGAGGGCACUCUGCCUUGAAACAGGGACUGAACAGCCUCACAAGGACGUGCAGCUGGGGGGCUUGUUGCUGUUUUGUUCCCAGAAAACGAGAACUGCCAGCAAUCCUCUGGCAUCUGAAUAGACCCGUGUCAGACAAACUGUAUCUGGACUUGAUGGGAAACCGAGCUGGAAUAUCAAGCAGCCCUUCGAUCUGCUGGCAGAGAGGGGGACUGGCUCAGUAAGUAAUCCUGCCUUGCAGUUGCAAAGGUACUCCAUAAAGGAGUGAGCCCUCUCGCUGCACAGCCCUGCAAGACACGCCUGCCUGGGCUGUCUCUGUCCUCAUUCCUCCAAACCAGUUCCAACAAUAACAGCAACUCCUGCCUGCAGCUGCCUCGUUAGGGAGAAGAUGUAUUUUUCCUUUUUCUACUGAGGGAUGAAGCUUCCAAAUCUGUGUGAUGUGAGCAGGUGAGGAUGUCUGCUAAGUCCAAAUGAUAUUUUCAGGUGUUCUCCUGAUCUUGGCACUGACAGAAGAGCUGGUGUUUUCUGUUCAGGUACUGUCUCCCACUGUCUCCUCCUCUCAGGGCUUCCCGAUGGACAGUACCACCAUCACAGACAUGGGAACAACACCUCACCACAAAGACCGCCACGCGGCAGAGCCCCUUCCCACCUCUGCUCGUGCCGUUCCCCAUCCCGUCAGCCUGGCGGAGGAAGCCCCUUCCCCCGGGCAAAAGCGACCCAGCGGCCCUCGCGUCGGCGAGAAGGAAACCUAUCAUUUGUACAACCAGAGCGCUUUGUACUCGGGACAGACUCGCCCCAAGGGGAAAAUAGUCCAGGUUUUCAAAGGCAACUUCACAGAGUCCUCGGAGCCUUACCUAAAGACCACCCUGCACUCCCCCUUCCCCACCCUGAGGAGCCCUUUCACAGAGCACCCAUUUCAGCCCCAGACCGCAGCGUCCAGCGAUCCAAAUAGCACGGGGCUGGCAAGAACUACACACUCAGACCCUCCUCCCCACCGCAACGCCUCGGGAAGCCUUAGGGAAGCAGAGCGAGGGGAUGGGGCCGAGGUAGUGGUGCAGGAGGCAGAUUUUGCCACCACAACUGCUGGACCAUCGACUGAUCCCGAAGCAGUGUCGGUGCCUUUUAAACCCACCCGCUACGGCGUAUGGGAUAUGCUGAGCAAAAACAACUCUUGGGUAACCUUGAAUCUCAGUACAAACGUCCCUCUGUUUGCUGGCCCUGGAUCUGCAACAGCAGCAGCAGGUCACUCAGUUCAGACCAGUUUUGACAUCGGUGUCUCCUCCCCGGCAGCGGGAGAGCCCAAGGGACCCGCUCCGACGCAGCACGGCGCGGUGACCAACGCGACCUCGCUGGGCAGUGCUCUUUCUGCAGCGCCCGCCACCAGGUUGUCCAGCUCCAUUUCCACAGCUGGCUCCACCGCCACCGGCAACUUCCUCAACAGACUGGUUCCUGCCGGGACCUGGAAACCUGGCGUGCAAGGAAAUAUCUCCCAUGUCACCGAGGGGGACAAACCCCAGCACAGAGCAACCAUCUGUCUCAGCAAGAUGGACAUUGCCUGGAUCAUUCUGGCCAUCAGCGUACCUAUAUCCUCAUGUUCAGUUCUGCUGACAGUCUGCUGCAUGAGGAGGAAGAAAAAGACAUCUAACCCAGAAAACAACCUGAGCUAUUGGAAUAAUGCUAUUACCAUGGACUACUUCAACAGGCAUGCUGUAGAGCUACCGAGAGAGAUCCAGUCCCUGGAGACUUCAGAGGACCACCUCUCCGAGCCGCGCUCCCCCGCCAACGGUGACUACCGCGACAGCGGGAUGGUCCUCGUCAACCCCUUCUGUCAAGAAACGCUGUUUGUAGGACACGAGCAAGUCUCUGAGAUAUGACCCCGCAGCUGCCCACCUAUUGCAGUUUCAUCUCUACUGUCUCCAAAUUAUAAAUAAAUAUAUAUAUAUUAUAAAUAUAACCUUUGUGUAACCCUGAAUUACAAGAAAUGUUUUCAGCUUUUCUUUUCUCCCUCAGAAUUGUCAGCCCCUUUUUUAUAAGUGUGGUAAAACUUUACAGAACAAACUGUGGCUUUAUAAAAUAAAGGUAUUUCUAAGCAAAA